AUGCCCCUACCAAUUGACGGGUCCUGGGAUGCGUUCGAGCGCGCAUGGAAAGAGGCCUGGAACGCAUGCCGGGAACACUGGAUGCCCAAGAACAUCAACCGCAACCAGUUCACGUUCGAGCAUCUCAAGCUCAAUUCCGACUUGCGCAUCAAGGACUAUUCCUUGACCUACCAGGUCAUUCUCUACGGAAGCCUCGAGGCUCCUCUGGACAGUUACCCACAACUCCAGGCGUGUGCCAAGCUCCUUUCCUCCCUCAUUCCCAACCUUACAGGCCCACAACUCUUCGCUGUCCUCCACAACCUUCUGACCACUCAAGGACAACGCAAGGGCACCCUCGAACUGCCAGCUAUCCUGAAACCCCGCGUCGUCGCACAUGACCUUGCCCCCUUUUACUCUGUCCGGGACGCCAUGGCGGAGGCUUACCAUGUCCCCAUCCGUGCCGCAGGACGCAUCCAACCUCUCCACACGAUGGCCCCGUUCGGCAACCGUAGCCUUCCCCCGGCAGCAGAAACGGUCAUCCCGUUCCAUACCGCAGCCGCCGUUACUGGCAACCAUGUUCCCUCCUUGUCCUUACGUUCUGCCCAUGACGCAGGUCCGAUGGGAAACUCGUCAGCCAACUUCAGGUUGAAGAACGCAAGACACAAAACCAGUAACUCAAAUCGCAGUCCCUCUCCUAACCCCGAGCCCCCUCUUCAUAGUUGCGUCGCGUGCCACGAGAACCCCUCGGAUCAGAUGCCCUUCAAGUGCCAGCACAUAGCAUUGUGUCGUGGAUGCGCCAGCCGCACUGUACAGACGCUGAAGAUGUGCCCCCUGUGUCGCGAAGAGAGAAGAAGAGGGAAGGACACCUGGCGCGUCUUCAUUCCCUAG